CGGCGGGAGCGCGCGCUCCGUUUCGCAGGAGGAGGCGAGCAUGUUGCGAACGCUGGCGCUGCGCUCCGGCCCUCUGCGCCUUCGGGCGGCCCCCGUGCGCCUGGCCGCCAGAGCCUGGUCCGCCGCCGCCGUCCCCGCGCCCAACCCGCGCCCGGAGAUCGCCUACACGCAGGUAAGGAGCAGGCCGGAGCGGCCCCGGCUUCUUCCCGGGGGAAGCAGCCGCGCCUCCUGCCCGCCCCCCAGCCUUGCUUCCCUCGGCCGGCAAGAGGUUCCUGGAGCGCGUGCAGAGGGCCGGCUCUCCCUCGCUACCCGCAAGCAACCCGUUUCUCCGACCCGGACCCUCCCCCAGCUGGGGGGAAAAAGGAGGAGGGGGUCUUCAUCCGGAUCUUCCGCACCUGCAGAGAGGACUUAUCUUUUCUUCCCCCCCCAAAAAAAAUUUCUUUAUUGGUUUUCACAUUAUAAACAAACAAACAAACACAUAAGACAAACCAACACAAAGCAUAGCCUUCUUGAAAAUUACACUUAUUAACAUUGUUAAGUGACUUCCUCGCUUCCCCUUGGUUGGAUUUCAUUGCAUGUCCUUUUCACGGUUUUCCAAAUCGCAGUUCUUAUAAAAUUUAACUUAAACCUUAACAUCCUUAGAUCUUCGCAUUAUGAAAUUAAACAUAUGAAUUCAUCACGUAACAUAAAUAAAAUCCUAAGCCAAUUAAGUAUCUGCAAGCUGUUUUCAAUUAAUUUAACUUAACAUAUUUAACUAAAUAGUCAUUAAAUUUUGUCCAUUCUUCCUGAUACUCCUCCUCCUUCUGGUCGCGGACUCUUCUGGUUAGGUCGGCUAGCUCUGAAAAAUCCAUCAUCUUCAUCUGCCAUUCUUCUAUCGCAGCUUAUUUUGCUGAACACUGAACUCUGCAGCCUCCAUGACUCCGGGAUAUAUCUGGGAGGAGAAAGUGUUCAAGUUGCAAAGGAAAUGGCCGGGGGUUUGGAUUUCAGAUCAAAUUCUGGCCUCCCCCUCCAAGAUCUCCUUAGUGUGAAAAGCCCUGAUUUCUAGCCAGAUGAGAAGUUUCUCUCUUUUGCCCUGGCCUUUCCCUCUUCUGCUAGAUACUGUAUUAAGAAACAUAAAAUGUAGCGUUCGCAGGGAAAGGAAGAAAAAAAGGAAGGAACGCCCCUGUCUCUCAUUCCCUCUUAAUUAGGCAGUCAUUUAAAGAGAGGAAAACUCGGGUUUGGCAAUCCAUAGUUUGUCUCCUGGAAACGUCUGCCACUUUUUUUUUUAAGGUUGGCUGCAGGUGGAAAUAACGGUGGAGGUUCCAGAUUUCUACUGACCACACACCCGCACUCCCUCCUGAGGAAUGCUGAAAUUGUGAUAAAGGAGUGGGAGCGUACACAAAGCUUCCUGAACAACUGCACUUUUUUAAAAAAAAUGAUAGUUAUUAAAAUUUCAGAAACAAAAAAUUACAUAGUUAAAGAGAAAAGAAACAAGGGAAAAAAUAAAAAAGAGAAAAAACAUACAAAAUACAAAGUACAGAAAAAAACCCCAAAAAAACACUUAAAAACAAAUUAAUCCUUCCGUAUCUUACAUUUCAUUUCCUUGCUUCCCUGACCUCCUCUCACCUCCCUUUUUUGUAUUCCAGUUCAAUUGGUUAAUUCAGCAAUUCCUUUCCCUCUUUGUUUUUGUCUUAGUCCUUUAACUUAAUAUAUUAUAGCUUUAGAUUCUCACCUAUUAACAAUCCAUUUUUACAUACACCUUUAUGACAUUGCUGCUAAAACCACUUAACUUCAUUCUGACAUCAUUCUAACAUUCAUUAAUUUUGCAAUAUUUCUGUAAAUAGUCUUUAAAUUUCUUCCAAUCUUCUUCCACCGACUCUUCUCCCUGGUCUCGGAUUCUGCCAGUCAUUUCCGCCAGUUCCAUGUAGUCCAUCACCUUCAUCUGCCAUUCUUCCAGAGUGGGUAGAUCUUGUGUCUUCCAAUACUUUGCAAUAAGUAUUCUUGCUGCUGUUGUGCUGAACAACUGCACUUUUGCACGUGCAACGCCGGCUCUGGAAACAUACCCUUUUUUAAAGUGGCACCUGCAACAACAUGUUGCAGUAUGGAGUGCUGCAGCCAUACCCUGUUCCAAGACGACACACCAUGACAUCCCCUUUUCUGAUUUUUGCAUUGCCCCCACAACAGUCAGCCAGCCUUGAGGUCCAUGCUCAGUCCUCGUUUGGCUGCUUCCGGUUCCACCCCCCCUUUAAUAUCACUUAGUAAAGGUAAAGGGACCCCUGACCAUUAUGCCCAGUCGUGGCUGACACUGGGGUUGUGGCGCUCAUCUCGCUUUAUUGGCGGAGGGAGCCGGCGUACAGCUUCCGGGUCAUGUGGCCAGCAUGACAAAGCUGCUUCUGGCAAACCAGAGCAGCGCAUGGAAACGCCGUUUACCUUCCCGCCAGAGCGGUACCUAUUUAUCUACUUGCACUUUGACGGGCUUUCAAACUGCUAGGUUGGCAGGAGCUGGGACUGAGCAACGGCAGCUCACCCCGUCGCAGGGAUUCGAACUGCCGACCUUCUGAUCGGCAAGUCCUAGGCUCUGUGGUUUAACCCACAGCGCCACCGGUGUCCCAUUAACAUCGCUUGUCCUCCCCAAAAGGUUUGCACUUCUGCAAGCCUGCCGGUCCUCCUCUCCUCUGUCUGGAUGGUGUAGUUUUUAGCUGUGUGGGGAUCCACACCAGGGGUCAGCAAACUUUUUCAGCAGGGGGCCGGUCCACUGUCCCUCAGACCUUGUGGCGGGCCAGACCAUAUUUUGAAAAAAAUAUAUGAACAAAUUCCUAUGCCCCACAAAUAACCCAGAGAUGCAUUUUCAAUAAAAGCACACAUUCUACUCAUGUAAAAACACCAGGCAAGCCCCACAAAUAACCCAGAGAUGUAUUUUAAAUAAAAACACACAUUCUACUCAUGUAAAAACAUGCUGAUUCCCAGACUGUCCGUGGGCCGGAUUUAGAAGGUGAUUGGGCCGGAUCUGGCCCCCGGGUCUUAGUUUGCCUACCCAUGAUCCACAUUCAAUCCUGGGUUUUGCAAAUGGAGAGAAUAGCUAGCUACUGUCUAGAAACUUAAUUUUGGGCCAGAAGCCUCCUUGCCACUUGCUUAGGCUGUUGCUUCUGUUUUCUCUGAAACUUCCUUACCUUGGAGGUUCCUUCCUUCUCCGACUCCCUAAUCCUCCAGCAAGAGUGAUUGGAGGAUCCUGUCCCAAAUCAUUGAUAGACGUCGUUUGUCAGCCACAAUUUCCCCAAAGAGCUCUAUGUGGGGCUACCUUUGAAGGGGACCCGGAAACUACAACUAAUCCAGAAUGCGGCAGCUAGACUGGUGACUGGGAGCGGCCGCCAAGACCACAUAACACUGGUCCUGAAAAACCUACAGUGGCUCCCAGUACAUUUCUGAGCACAAUUUAAAGUGUUGGUGCUGACCUUUAAAGCCCUAAAUGGCCUCGGCCCAGUAUACCUGAAGAAGCGUCUCCACCUCCAUCAUUCUGCCGGGAUACUGAGGCCCAGCUCUGAGGGCCUUCUGGCGGUUUCCUGGCUGGGGAAACCCAGUCAGAUGGGCGGGGUAUAAAUAAAUAAGUAAAUAUAAUAAUAAUAAUAAUAAUAAUAAUGAUGAUGAUGAUGAUGAUGUUUUGCAGCCAAUUUUCCUGUCUAAGGCCAUUUGUACUUUUCAAGCAGUAUAAUACCACUUUAAACAGUCCUGGCUUGCCCCACAGAAUUCUGGGAGUUGUAGUUUGUGAGGGGUGCUUGAGAGUUGUUAGGAAAUCCUUCCCCAGUCUCUUCCCAGAGCGACAAUUCUGAGUGUUCCCUGGAAAGAGGAAUUGGUUGUUAAGCCAACCUGGGAAUUGUCCCUCUGGGAGGGGAAUAGUGUCUCCUAGCAACUCUCAGCAUCCUUUACAAACUACAGCUCUUGGGGGGAAAUGCAUGAUUAUUCAAAAUGGUAUCAAUAGCACUUUAAAUGUAUGCUGUGAUGUUUUGGACUACAACUCCCAUCAGCCAGCGCAUUUGUGCUUCCACCAUCGUGGAGCUGUGCUAGCUGGGGCUGAUGGAAGUUGUAGUCUGGAGGGUCCCAAGCCGAAGGUGGAUGGCACUUAGAGCAUCUCGGAGGAGAUGUAAGACAAGCUAGUUAAGACUUUGAAUGUGUGUACUGCUUAUAUAGGACGCGGGUGGCGCUGUGGGUAAAACCACAGUGCCUAGGACUUGCCAAUCGUAUGGUCGGCGGUUCGAAUCCCCGCGGCGGGGUGAGCUCCCGUUGCUCAGUCCCUGCUCCUGCCCACCUAGCAGUUCGAAAGCACCCUUAAAAAGUGCAAGUAGAUAAAUAGGUACCGCUUUAUAGCGGGAAGGUAAACGGCGUUCCGUGUGCUGCGCUGGUGCAGGCUCGCCAGAGCAGCAAUGUCACACUGGCCAUGUGACCCGGAAGUGUCUGCGGACAGCGCCAGCUCCCGGCCUCUAGAGUGAGAUGAGUGCACAACCCUAGAGUCUGUCAAGACUGGCCCGUACGGGCAGGGGUACCUUUACCUGUUACUGCUUAUAUAACAUGAUUUAUCAUCUACAAAUAAUCCACCUUUUCUUCCCUUUCUCCCCGCCCCUUUCUUUUUUGAGCUGCUGGUAGACUGUCGCGGGUGUGGUCUCAACUUCUUUGGUCAUUUUAUUCUAAACAGAUUUUUGUUAACAGUUCUUGGUGAUGUGCCAUGCCGUUAGCAAGAGAGAACUAGAAAGGCAACCAGAUUUUCCUGCACGGUGACUUUUGUGUGUUGCCUUAGGGAUUGCUGACGGGGUGCUUUAGAGAAAGUUGUGGGCACUCUGAUCCUUGCCCAACACUUCCCUGAUAAAAGAAAAAAACCCCACAGCAGUGCAAGCUUGUUACUUUUGCUGGCGGAGGGGUGGUCAUUGUAAUUCUUGCAUCCAUUCGGGAACGGAGUGUGCCUGGCAGAUUGGUGACUGUGGGGGCAGAAAAAGGGAAAGAUAUCAGCUCUCAGUGGGCCCUUCUGAAUAUCAACCACUGUAUAUUUUGCUCUUUCUGAGUGUUGUGAUAAGAGGACAUCGCAUUUGUCUCCCAGACCUGAGAUUCUCACCCCUGGUCUAGAGGUUGAUGGGAGGCUGUAAGAACAUAAUUCAAUUCCGAGCACAAUUCAAAGUGUUGGUGCUGACCUUUAAAGCCUUAAACGGCCUCGGUCCAGUAUACCUGAAGGAGCGUCUCCACCCCCAUCGUUCUACCCAGACACUGAGGUCCAGCACCGAGGGCCUUCUGGCGGUUCCCUCACUGCAAGAAGCCAAGUUACAGGGAACCAGGCAGAGGGCCUUCUCGGUAGUGGCACCCGCCCUGUGGAACGCCCUCCUACCAGAUGUCAAAGAGAACAACAACUACCAAACUUUUAGAAGACAUCUUAAGGCAGCCCUGUUUAGGGAAGCUUUCAAUGUUUCAUGCAUUACUGUAUUUUAAUAUUUUGUUGGAAGCCGCCCAGAGUGGCUGGGGAAGCCCAGUCAGAUGGGCAGGGUAUAAAUAAUAAAUUUUAUUAUUAUUAUUAUUAUUAUUAUUAUUAUUAUUUAUUAGAGCCUGCUGGAUCAGGCCACAAGCAGGACCUGAGCACCAGAACACUCUGUUCUCCUAUGGCAGGCACCCCCAAACUCAGCCCUCCAGAUGUUUAGUGACUACAAUUCCCAUCAUCCCUGAGCACUGGUCCUGUUCGCUAGGAAUGAUGGGAGUUGUAGUCCCAAAACAUCUGGAGGUCCGAGCUUGGGGAUGCCUGUCCUAUCAUUUCCAGCAACAGACUCAGAAAAUUGCCAUGAAUAAGUUAGAAAUAGAAGAGAAAUGCUUGAGGGCUGAGAUCUGAUAGGAAUUCUGUAUAAGAAAACUUCUCUUUGUCUGAUUUCUGCAUGUAUGUUUUUAUAAACUUCUAUCCUCUCACCCUCUUACUCUAAAUUAAUUUAUCUGAUCUCCAUGGUGCCCAAGGCCAUCAGCCCAAAAAGACUUUGGGGAAAACAUGAUGGAGACAUAUAAUAUUGCAAGUAGUGUGGGCCCAGUAGAAUGGCACAUGUGCCUUCCUUCUGGGUCUGGUAUAAAGUAAUCAGCACAUAAGCGGCACACAAAACGCUACUAAACCAUUCUAUGUUCUAAGUCUUAUAUUAAUAAUCCAAAAAUUGAGAGAGCUAUGUACAAGAUUUACUACAGAAGCCACAAACAGAAAACUCCUUCAAAUUGUGUCCAAAAGGAAGAUUCAGUCUUUAAAGUUCCUUUAGCCAGGCUUCUGUAGAUAUCAACAAAAGUAAGUUUGAUCAAACGAAGUGUCAGGGAUGUUGCGCUUAAGGGUUAGAUAUCAACAAGGAUAAGUUUGAUCAAAUUAAGUGUCGGUGAUGUUACGUGCAAGAGUUAGACAGGUUGCUGGCGUUUGUCACCUGUUUCACCCAUGAAGAGUCUUGGGCUUCUUUAGUAAGUUCUCUCUCACGGUUCUGAUAUAUUUAUAAACAUUCAAGUCCAAAUGUUACAUUUCCUCUUAGAUUAAGCUACAAUAUUUACCGUAUUUUUCGCUCUAUAAGACACACCAGACCACAAGACGCACCUAGUUUUUGGAGGAGGAAAACAAGAAAAAAAAUAUUCUGAAUCUCAGAAGCCAGAACAGCAAGAGGAAUUGCUGCGCAGUGAAAGCAGCAAUCCCUCUUGCUGUUCUGGCUUCUGGGAUAGCCGCACAGCCUGCACUCGCUCCAUAAGACACAUACACAUUUCCCCUUACUUUUUAGGAGGGAAAAAGUGAGUCUUAUAGAGCAAAAAAUACGGUAAUUUAUUUCUUCAGGAAAUUCUCUCUCAAGAUUUUGGUGUAUUUACAUACAUUCAACUUCAUAGGCUAAGUAAAUGAAUAAAUGCUCAAGUCAAGAGUAGAUCUGGUACAUAGCUCUCUCAAUUUUUGGAUUAUUAAUAUAAGAUUUAGAACGCAGAAUGAUUUGGUAGGGUUUUGUGUGCUGCUUAUGUGCUGUUUACUUUAUACUGGUUUACUACGAGAAUUGGCAGCAUAGGUUCAUUUCUUCAGUUCCCAGAUUAGGAAGGUUGCGUAAGUAGAUAUGCACUCUUAUCAUGUGUCCUCCGUAAUCUGCCUUCUACAAAACAAACAAUCAGACUUCAUCCUUGUUCAUUGUAGAGAAAAUGUUGAUCUGGAAUUUUUUUGUGUGAGUUACGCAGCACUUGGCAAGGUACCCGGACCUCUCAGUUUACAGUAAAAGUUUGGCUUUUGAACUCUUCCGCGGCUGGGAGCAGGAGCUAGCUUCUCCCCAAAACUUCCUUUUUUUUUUUUUUAAAUGAUAUUUAUUAAAGUUUCAAAAAAUACAAGAAUUACACAAAAACAAAAAAUAAAAAUACAAGAAAAUGCAAAAUACAGAAAAAAGAAUAAAGUUUUUAAGAUAUAACAAAGAAAUGAAAAAUAAAAAGAAACAUACAAAAUAAAAACAGUUAAAAACACGUUAAUUUUCCAUAGCAUAUCUUCCUUACACUUAUUUCCCCGGACCUCCUCGUACCUCCCUUUUUGUAUUCCAGUUCAGUUUGUUAGUUCAGCAAAUCCUUACCAUUAAGCUUUUACCCAUUUGUGAACCUUUUUCGUAUCUCUUAAGGCAUUACAGCUGGAAACCACUUAGUUUCUAUCCAACAUCCUUCUAAGAUUCAUUAAUUUUACAAUAUUUCUGUAAAUAGUCUUUAAAUUUCUUCCAGUCUUCUUUCACCGACUCUUCUCCCUGGUCUCGGAUUCUGCCAGUCAUUUCCGCCAAUUCCAUGUAGUCAAUCACCUUCAUCUGCCAUUCUUCCAGAGUAGGUAGAUCUUGUGUCUUCCCUUCCCAAAACUUCCACCUUCCUUUUCGUCUCACUUUUGAAACCAAGCAGCUGACAAACCGUUUUGGAAAACGCUGGUUGCCAUCUCCCCACGACUGCAUUAACUCAGACCCUAUCUGCAUGGUACCUUUAAAGCACUGUGAUGCCACUUUAAAGAGUCACAGUGCUGAGAGUGGUCAGGAGGGCCCUGAUUCCCCUUGCAGUGUUUCAAUUCCCAGAGUUCCCUGGGAGGAGGGAUUGCUUGUUAAACCACUCUGGAAAUUGUAGGUCUGUGUUUGUUCACUAGGACAUUUGGUCUAGUUUCUGCAUUAGUCUGAGAUUUCUUUUUAAAUCUGUAUGAAAAUUCAUACGCACAUUUUUCUUCAAAUAUGUCCUUAAAUAUGUAUUUUAUCACAUAAUCCAUAUUUAAUAUGCAUAGUAUUCAAAGCAUGCAGUUCUGAUUGUAUUUUAUCAUGAAAUACACAUUUUGAAUGCAUUUUGAAACCGGAACUUUAUUGCCCAAUUCAGAGAAAUGCAAAGUCUAAAAGGUUAAGAGGUCCGUGUAUUAAUACACAAGGUGCAAAGUGAGUUGGUUCAGUUAAGAAUGCAGACCAGAUAUCUCAUAUUAUUACAAACAAAUGCUUCCUGUAUGUGUAUAAUUUUGUCAGCUGUUCGGAGCUGCUGUCAAAAUGAACCGAGGACACACAAUACGGGACCGCCUCUCCUGGUAUGCCCCGCUUAGGACCUUAAGGUCCACAAAUAACAACACUUUGGAGGUCCCAAGCCUCAAGGUGGUUAGAUUGGUCUCAACUAGGGCCAGGGCCUUUUCAGUAGUGGCCCCGACUUGGUGGAACGCUCUGUCACAAGAGACUAGGGCCCUGCGGGACUUCACAUCUUUCCGCAGAGCCUGCAAGACAGAGCUGUUCGGCCUUUGGUUUGGACGCAGUCUGACCCUUAUGUUUCCCUCCCCUUGUGGUUUUGAUUAAAACUACUACUAAAGCUACUAUUAAAAUGAGGCUGCAUUUUAAAUUGUAUUUUAACCCGUAUUUUAAUAAACUGGGUGUUUGUUUGUUUGUUUGUCGUCCCCCCCAUUAUGUUUUAUUGUAAUUUUAUUGGUGUUAGCUGCCCUGAGCCCGGCUCUGGCCAGGGAGGGCGGGGUAUAAAUACAUUAUUAUUAUUUUUUUAUUAUUAUUACUAUUAUUGCAAUAUCUGGGUCAAAUUGUAUUAUAACUAGCACUAUGGGACAGGUGCUGGCAUUUGAAAAGGGGCCACAAAGACUGCCUGUGGGUGCAUUCUCUCCCCCAAAUAACCGGGCACAUCGGGGCAGCAAUUACCUUUGCUGUAAAUGGCGGGUUGUAUUUAUUUUUACUGGCAAACAUCUUAGGCAUUUUUUUGUGUUGCAAGCUGUCAGGCAUGCUUGGGCCACUUCUUAUUUCUUCUAGAAUCAGUUACUUGUUUUGGAAGAGGGUAUUGUCCCUUUUGCUACUCUCUGAUAAGUGCUUAUCUGGUGCUUAUCUCUGUUUGUGCUGGGUAAAUGAGCUGGGCGGCAGUUUCUGAGUCAACAGUUGCUAUAUGUAUCAAAGGUUUUUCAUAAAUGGCUAAAGAAUAUUAACACCUAGGGCAGCAGCUGUUUUGAAUAGGCCAGUAUUUCUUGCUCUCUUGCUUUCUUGUAAUGAUUAAGAUGCUGUUCAGGCCACUUCUUGAAAUUUCUUUCGUUCAGGGUAGUGCUUGAGGGUCCACUUCGGUAUUUGAGCAUCUGUGGGUCUUCGUUUACAAUGGGGUUUAAAAUGGGUUUACAAUGGGGACGCGGGUGGUACUGUGGGUUAAACCACAGAGCCUAAGGCUUGCCGAUCAGAAGGUCGGUGGUUCAAAUCCCUGCAACGGGGUGAGCUCACCUAGCAGUUCAAAAGGAUGUCAAAGGGCAAGUAGAUAAAUAGGUACCACUCUGGCGGAAAGGUAAACAGCGUUUCCAUGCGCUGCUCUGGUUCGCCAGAAGCAGCUUAGUCAUGCUAGCCACAUGACCCAGAAGCUGUAUGCCGGCUCCCUCGGCCAAUAAAGUGAGAUGAGCACCGCAACCCCAGAGUCGGCCAUGACUGGACCUAAUGGUUAGGGGUCCCUUUACCUUUUAUGGGAUUACUUCAGGAGGGGAAUGGCACUCCAAAAUCUGCCUUUCAACACUAAGGUUUCGCCUAGCUGUGUGUUGGUUCCUGAAGCAUCAAUCUCGCUGUGAAGCGUUGCAUCCCAAAAGCUUACAGUCCACGUUUUCAUUUGCAGAUCUUCAUCAACAAUGAAUGGCACGAUGCAGCCAGCAAGAAAACAUUCCCGACCGUCAACCCGUCCACAGGGGAGGUUAUCUGCCAGGUUGCAGAAGGAGACAAGGUACCACAUCAGUGGGGUCAGGGGAAAUGCCUGUCCUAGUUUGUUUAUGCUUCGUGUCGCCUUUGCCAACCCAGUCUCCUCCAGAUGUUUUGAAAAGUACGGGUUGGCAAGGGUUAGCAAGUUGGAACAAUAGCAGCUGCCUUUAAAUGGAAUCAGACCAUCUAGUACACUCAGGGGUGGCCAACUCUCAAGAGACUGCAAUCUACUUUCAGAAUUAUAAACUGGCAGUGAUUACCCCCAUUUUGGGGGGGUUCAGCUCAAAGUUGUUGAACUUUUUUUGGGAAUGAAAGACCCAUUUUGGGGGGUUCAGCUCAAAGUUGCUGAGCUUUUUUAGGGAAGGAGAAGAGCCCCGUUUUUGGGGAGGUUAAAAAAUAAGCUUUUGGGGGGAUUUCCAUUUUGGGGGGGGGGUUAAAGGCAUGGGGAAAAGGGGUAAAGUCACUCACUAAAAGAUUGCACAGAGAAAGCUCCGUCUUCCAGAGAACAUACAACCAUGGAGGGCAGGGCAGGAGUCAGUUUUAGCGAUGCUACGGAAAGGGAGCCAGAGAUCUACCAAAACCUCACGGGGAUCCACCAGUAGAUCGUGAUCGACCUGUUGGACAUCCUUGUAGUACUGGAUUGUAACUCUGCAUUUCAGCCUCGCCCCUGGCACGUGGUAAGAAUAAUAUCACAAGUUUUGUUGCAAAACUGACUGUUACGGUAUUUACUAUUAUUUAUUAUUUAGAUCCUGCCUUUCUCCCAAGCUGGGAUUCAAAGCGGCUUCCCACAGUUAAGAACAUCAUUAUAAAAUACCAAGUACAGUGGUCCCUCGGGUAAAGUACUUAAUUCAUUCCGGAGGUCCGUUCUUAACCUGAAACUGUUCUUAACAUGAGGUACCACUUUAGCUAAUGGGGCCUCCCGUUGCUGCCACGCCGCCGGGGCACGAUUUCUGUUCUCAUCCUGAAGCAAAGUUCUUAACCCAAGGUAAUAUUUCUAGGUUAGCAGAGUCUGUAACCUGAAGCGUCUGUAACCUGAAGCGUAUGUAACCCGAGGUACCACUGUAGUUAAAAACAGUAGUUGAAAUAAAACACAUUUUGGACCAGCAAUUAAAACCCAGUUUUCCCUGACAGCAGUGGUUAGCAGCACCUGCGCCUCAGUUUCCAAGGACCUGUCUGGGCAGGAAUGUCUCAGCCUGCCACUCAGACCUCUCUUGGGAAGAAAUCCCACAAUCUGGGAGCAGCCACGGGAAAAUCUCUCGUGCCGCCACCAGCCGUUCCUCUGAUGUUGACGCUCACUAGAAGAUCUUAGCCCUCAGGCAGGUUUUUAUGAGGAGAUACAAUCUCCCAGGUAGCAUGGACUCAAAGAGUCACGUGGCACCUUUAAGUUUUAUGGUUCUUGGUACUUUUGAGGGCUUUGAUUUGUCCUCUGCUUGCUUUUGCUUAAAUGGAGCCUUGGCAAGUUCUGGCAGAUUCAGGAGCUUGUUGCAACUUGGCGACCCUUCUUUUUGCAAGGGGUGUGUGCCCUUAAUAAAGAUACUAGCCUACAAUGGCAUUUGGGGUCAUAUCAGUGUAUCUAUUCCUGUAUUUUAAGCUUCCGUGAGCCUAUAGGAACAGGUAGAGCAGUAAUUUACCACCUUAGGGCUUGCCGCUUUCUACAGGUUCUGCCUCUCUGCCUCUCGAUUACACCAAACCUAACUUUCCAGCAACAUAGAAAUCGUCUGAUUGUCUGGCCUUAAUCAGAGAUUGUGAAACAAACAGGCUGCUCCUGGCAGACGGCCACACACAGAGUAAACAUUUCCUUGUUUUACCAGAGCACCGGCCUUUAUACGGCUGCGUUUUGGCAGCAAACAUGUGGCUGUUCCUUUUCACAUGGUAAUGUUAUAUCUGGGCAGAAGCUGGGUUAGCAAACAGGAAUGACACAGCAAAAACUGUACAGCACCCAAGGAGGAAUAAUUAACUGUGUAGUAUCUGGCCAGGAAGAGCGAGCAAGCAGGAAGAGUGGGGAGAUCUGUCAGUCGGGGUUUCUCUCAGGUUCUCGUUUUCCUAAACUUAGGUGCCAUGAACCACAUAUCUGCACCAGCCUCAGUUAAGAAAGAAAAAGGUCUUGUGAAAGUUUGUCAGUGUUUUAGUUUGCAUUUCUCCUAACACACACAUUUUUGUCUGCAAUCUUGCCCACACAUCUUAUUUGCAGGCAAUUCUCUAUUAUUAUUAUUAUUAUUAUUAUUAUUAUUAUUAUUACUACUACUACUACUAUUUAUUAUCUCACCUUCUAAACUACCAUUUCUAGGAAAUUUGCACAUGAAAUGAUUAAAAACGGUUUAAAACACAAAAAACAACAAAUCCACUUAAAACAAGGCUCAGAGGUCCUCGGUUUAACGGCAGCUGCUACAGGUUCAGUGGACUUUUCUGACAUCAGGUUGUUUCAGUCCGCUGGGAGGAAAAUUUACAGUGGUACCUUGGGUUACAUACGCUUCAGGUUACAUACGCUUCAGGUUACAGACUCCGCUAACCCAGAAAUAUUGCUUCAGGUUAAGAACUUUGCUUCAGGAUGAGAACAGAAAUUGUGCUCUGGCGGCGUGGCAGCAGCAGGAGGCCCCAUUAGCUAAAGUGGUGCUUCAGGUUAAGAACAGUUUCAGGUUAAGAAUGGACCUCCGGAACGAAUUAAGUUCUUAACCCGAGGUACCACUGUACUGAGAUGAUAACAAAGUAGAAGAGCAAUGCAAGAACCAUUGCAUCAAUACUGACAAGUCCAUAUAGUAGCAGUUGGUGUUGGACUAGGACCUGGGAGUCCAGGGUUCAAAUGCCUGUUCGGCUGUGAAGCUCACUGGGUGAAAAAUUGUUACAGUGGUACCUCGGGUUAAAAACACUUUGGGUUACAGACUCCGCUAACCCGGAAGUAGUACCUCGGGUUAAGGACUUUACCUCAGGAUGAGAACAAAAAUCGUGCAGUGGCAGCGGGAGGCCCCAUUAGCUAAAGUGGUACCUCAGGUUAAGAACGGAUUCAGGUUAAGAAAGGACCUCCGCAAAGAAUUAAGUACGUAACCAGAGGUACCACGGUAUAUAAAAAAAGCUCUCUUACAUUUUAGAGUUGUUGGAUCUUGUAGAUAAGAUGGUAGGAAACAUUCUUCUGAGAGACGUAAUUUUCCUUAGUGGGUAAAUGGUUCUGUCGUUCGAUACCAAAGAGCAGGGAUGGGGAACCUGAGAGGCUGUUGGACUCCACCUCCCAUUACCACUACGCAGUGUGUGCAGGAGUCAGGGGUGAUGGGAGUUGUAGUCCAGCAACAUCUGGAAGACCACAGGCUCCCUGCACCCUCUCACAGAGACACUGCCUCGGCGGAUCUCUUGCUUUCCUGAAACCUAGACUUGAUGCCCUCACCAUGGAAGAAUGGGAAGAUGCUGUAGACUAGCUUGGUGUCUGAAUGAGCAGUUCUCCAGAGUCUCAGAUCUGCUUGCGGAUUUGCCUGCUCAUUGUGUCCCACCUUGAUUCUCUUCCAGGCCGACGUAGACAAAGCUGUUCAGGCAGCCAAAGAGGCGUUCAAAUUUGGAUCUCCCUGGAGGCGGAUGGACGCCGCCCACCGGGGCAAACUCUUGCACCGCCUCGCUGAUCUGGUUGAGAGGGACCGUGCAUACCUGGCGGUAUGUUUUGAACUUUUUUCCCCCAGGUGCAUUCUCCUCUUUUCCUCUUUUGGAUCCUUUCUCUUCUUCUUCUUCAUUGAGUUUAUAUACUGACCUACACCUGAAGGUCUCACUUUUGGAAGUGCCUAGUAGCAUCUGGUUCCUCAAAACAGGAACAGGCAGUGGGGUGGGAAGAAUCAGACAAGAGGCCAAUCUAUUUCAGCAAGUCUCACAAUGACCUACGAGGUGCCUGCGUGCAAGAACGCUCUCCCCUCAUCCGCGUGCCCCAGAAAUUGGUAUUUAGAGGUCUGCUGCUUCCGAUCCUCAAAGUAGGUUGUAGCCAUCUGACAUUGAAAUUCUACUCAGUAUUCAUCCAGAGUAGAUUCCAAUGUAUAUUUAGCAGAGUAACAACUUAAACGCGUUGCAGGAUUCCCAUAAAACAGACCAGAGGCAAUUAUAUUUCAUCCAGCAGAGCUUUACUGCUACUGAAGGCAAAUGAGCAUAAUGGUCACAAAUCCAAUACAUUCAGGAUUGGCACUGUCCAAUAAGAAAUCCAGUUGCAGCAGACUUAACUUAAAGCUCACAAUAAUUUAUAAUAAGACUAAACCUUAGCACUAUGUACAGAACACCACACCAGACAGAAAAGUGAUAGAACGAGAAAGUGUAAAACCCAUGCUCCUUCUGGCCCUACUAUUAUAGUCAGCAUGACAUUGACAGAAAGAGAUAACAGAACCAAUUUAAACCAGCUGUACUCAGCUUCUCUGGAGGAAUAACCCAAACAACAUGAAGUCUCUGCUUGUUUUUUUCACACAGAGAAGCUUCCAGAACCCUCUGGAAUUAAGUAGAAUAUGAAAGCUCUCUAUACAUCCGAUCAAUACUGUCUGUACUAAGAAAUGCAAACUGACACCAUCAUGACUAGUAGCCAUCGAUAGCCUUAUCCUCCCCAAAAUUAUCUGUACCCUCCUUGAAAGCUAUCAAAGUUGUAACGCUGAUUUUCGUUUGUUCGCAGGCCCUGGAAACUUUGGACAAUGGCAAGCCGUACUCGAUCGCCUAUCUGGUGGAUUUAGACAUGGUUGUCAAACACCUGCGGUAAGGAGUUGUAAUCAUGCAUUGUAGGGGGUUAGAUUCAAUGACACUUUGGGGCCUCUUUCAGCUAUACCAUUAUGUGAUUCUAUAUAGCCCUGACCGUUAAACAGGCAUGGGAGGAACAUGAGAGCAUUGGAGUUUGGCGUGUCUGUCCUGCACAAACCUCAUGGAAGUAAAGAGGAAUCGCACAGGAGCCGUUCCUGGUGUGGUGUGUGCGCUCAGCUGCAUUGCUCACAGUUUUAUAUAGGUUCUGGAGAUAGUUUGGAGGUUAGCUAAGAAAUAGACUCCUGGUGUAGCUGUGAAUAGCUGUUAUUCCUUAGUGCUUUCCCUAAGAACCGGUGCUAUAGACCAGCUCAGCUCUUGAUUUCAGCAGACUCUUGGUUGCAAACAGUCACUCACAUGGGAUGAGUCUGAUCUUUAUGCAUUUAUACUGGCUCAUUGAAAACAAAGUUAAGUAUAUAUGCCUGUUGACAGAUAAGAGCAAUAAAAGUCAAUAACUGCACUAUGGAAAAAACCAGUGUAAGCACAGAUGCCUAUUCACGGAUCAGAAGAAAAGAAAAUUAAUAAGGCAAUAUGGAACGCAACAGCUGUAUUUAUUUUGUUCUGUAUUAUAAAAUUCAAUGAAUGGUCUCCAGGCUUUACCAAAAUCAUCUGAAACGCUGUGUGCAUGCGUGCGCGCCACGCUCUUAUUUUUUUUUAAAAAAGCCCAAUGAUUUCAAUCACUUCAGUCUUAAUUUAUUUGCUGUUGCUCUUUUUCAUUCAUCCAUUCUUAGGGAAUUGUCAGUGCUCCCCCAAUACUUUCUGUCCUGAGUUUUAAGAUCGUCAGGGAGGCUCUGCUAGCGGUGCCAUAAGUGAGCGAGGAAUGGGGAGGGGGCACUGGGGACACUUGCAGGGUCUUCUCCGUAGUGCCUCUCCACAUAGGAACUUCUCCUGACUGAGAUUCGAUGGUCCUCCAUGCCGUUGAUGUUUGGGCAUCGCCUUAAAUGUUAUUUAUUUUGCCAAGCCUUUGGUAGUUAUCUGAACACUUUUACAGGAAUAGUAUUGUCUUUGUGAAUUGUUAUUGAAUUAUAGAGGUAAAGGUCAAAGGACCCCUGACCAUUAGGUCCAGUCGCAGAUGACUCUGGGGUUGCGGCGCUCAUCUCGCUUUACUGGCCGAGGGAGCCGGCGUACAGCUUCUGGGUCAUGUGGCCAGCAUGACUAAGCCCCUUCUGGCGAACCAGAGCAGCGCACGGAAACGCAGUUUACCUUCCCACCAGAGCGGUACCUAUUUAUCUACUUGCACUUUGACGUGCUUUUGAACUGCUAGGUUGGCAGGAGCAGGGACCGAGCAACGGGAGCUCACCCUGUUGCCGGGGAUUCAAACCGCCAACCUUCUGAUCAGCAAGUCCUAGGCUCUGUGGUUUAAGCCACAGCGCCACCCGCGUCCCUGUUUUUGAAUUAUACAUUGUUCUAAUUGCUUUAUGCGAUUUUAUUGUGUUUUAGUAUGGUUAGCUGGGUGGGGUAUAAGAACAUUACACAAAGAAUUAAAACAAUAGGCCUGUCAAUUUCGUAACAACUUGUGAAGAGCCGGCUGGAUCAGGCCAAGCGGGGCCCAUCUAGACCAGCAUCCUGUUCUCACAGUGUCCAACCAGAUGCCCCAAUGGGAAACUGGCAAGCGCAUAGCUGUCAAUGUUUCCCUUUUUUGAAGGGAAAUUCCCUUAUUCCGAAUAGGAUUCCUCGCAAGAAAAGGGAAAAGUUGACAGCUGUGGGCAAGCAGGACCCGAACACAAGAGUGCUCUCUCUCCUGCAAUUUCUAGCAACCCUUCCUGCCUCUGACUGUGGAGGCAGAGCUUAGCCAACUGGGCUAGUAGCCAUCGAUAGCUUUCUUUUCCUUCAUGAGUUGACCCAAUCCUCUUUCAAAGCCAUCCAAGUUGGUGGCCAUCACUUCUUCCUGCAGAAGGGCGUUCCAUCGUUUAACUAUGCCCUGCGCUGAUGUCUAUGGAAUGUGUGUGUGUGUGUGUGUGUGUGUGUGUGUGUGUCAAACUGAUGUGACAGCCCCACGGAGGACCUUAAGGUCCAUAAAUAGUAACACCCUAGAGGUCCCGGGCCCUAAGGAAGUCAGAUUAGCCUCAACCAGAGCCAGGGCCUUUUCAACACUGGCUCCGGCCUGGUGGAACACUCUGUCUCAUGAGACCAGGGCCCUGCAGGAUCUGAUUUCUUUCUGCAGGGCCUGUAAGACAGAGUUGUUCCACCCGGCGUCAAUUUGAUUCCCCCUCUUUCUUUUCCUUUCUCCUUCUGUGAUGGAACUCCUAUUUGGGGACUUCCCUGGCUUUUUUCUGGCCCAUAUAGGACCAGUCUGGCAAGUUAGCCUUGGUGAAGACUUGACGUUUUCAUCCCGCCAUAAAAAGUUUUGGAUUUGAGUUUCCAUUGAAAUGAGGCUGUAUUUUUAUAUUUUGAUGUUUUAAUGUUGUCUUUUAAUCUUGUUUUUAAGCUGUAUUUCAAUCAAUUUGUUUUUAUAUCAGGUGUUAGCCGCUCUGAGCCCGGCCUUGGCUGGGGAGGGUGGGGUAUAAAUAAAAUUUAUAAUUAUUAUUAAUUGUUCUCCAUCAGGUACUAUGCCGGCUGGGCUGACAAAAUCCAAGGGAAGACCAUUCCUCUCGAUGGGGACUUCUUCACCUAUACCCGUCAUGAGCCAGUGGGGAUCUGCGGACAGAUCAUUCCGGUAAGUAAGGGCACUGCUGGAAGAUGGAAGCAGGUCUGCCCCCAGAGCCGGGGAAGCCAGAAGCUUUUUAUGUUCUGCUCGCUGCCUUCUCUAGGUUUGGGCACCAUGCCUAGCAUGCCCACCCUGUCAUGCCACUCUCCUCCCACACACAAGCUCCUGUCAGUGGGAAAAGAGGAAGGAGGAGUUUUUAGAAGACUUUAAAAAAACCACUUUCCUCCUUCAGUAUUUGCCCCAGAUGUAACUACAGGGGUACCUCGGUUCUCGAACGUAAUCCGUUCCGGGAGACCGUUCGACUUCCGAAACGUUCGAAAACCGAGGCGCAGAGGGCUGGCUGCAAGUUCAAUUGGAAAAAUGGAAAAACACGCAGCAGAAGCAAGGCACGUUCGAAAACGGAUGCAAUUACUUCUGGAUUUUUGGCAUUCGAAAACCGAAACAUUCGGCUUCUGAGAUGCUCGAAAACCGAGGUACCACUGUACUUUGUUAGGUUUGUCAUUAUUAUUAUUAUUUUAUGCUGUAUUUUUUCCAUGCUGUAAGCCACCUUGAGCAUGGUUUUAACCAUGGAAAGGAGGCAUAAUAAAUAAAACGAUGUAUGCAGGCAUGUACAGUGGGACACUCGGGUUGCGAAUGUGAUCCGUGCGGGAUGCACGUUCACAACCCGCAGCGAUCUCAACCUCGCACGCGCAAGUUGUGAUUCGGUGUGCAUGCACAAAGCGUGAUUUAGCGCUUCUAUGCAUGCGCUGAAACCCGGAAGUAACCCGUUCUUGUACUUCCGGGUUUCAGUGGUCCACAACCCAAAAAAACACAACCUGAAGCGGCUGUAACGCGAGGUAUGACUGUACUCUCAGGGACUUUACCCACUCAGCUCUGUGUUUCUCGGGGAGCGCCCUCAGAUCCCUUGUGCCACCUACUCACUCUUUCUCACUGUACAUAAAUAAAACGCACUUAUUGGGGGAGUCCAAGAUGGCGACGGCUUGGCAGGCAGGCUUCGGAGCUCCGCAGAUAACAGGACUGUAGUUGGCGUUGACUGCCACCCAGGGAAGUAGUUUUUCCUUUUUUACUUCUCUACUUUUUAACUUACUGAGAGUCUAACAGCACCUUCUUGUCUAUGCUAUGAGAAACAUCCUGGGCAAGUUCUGUGAAGCAUCCUGGGCAGGCCACCAGCUGCUAGCUAUUAACCACCAACUCCCUUCUAUACCUUGUUUCUGAAACUCCUGGCAGCCUCCACACAGAGAAGCUCUUAAAUUGAACAAACUGAGCACUUUCUAUUCUUUUCUCUCUUUUUUGGUUGGGGAAACCUCUCCUUGUUUACUCCCCACGGUGACGCUAUGCCUGCUAGUAAACGCCACAGGGACCCAGAGGAUGUAGCUGUCUCACCGGUUCCCAAACAAUCUAAAAUAGAGGACUUUUUUAACAAAUCUGCUUUUACAGUUCCAACAAAAAACCGGUUUUCUCCUCUUGAAGAUGAUUGUGAGUGUGGGGAGAGUAUUCAAGGUGAGAGCGUGGAACUGGAUCCAGCAAUGGGGCAAGCUGAUCCUGUGCUCCUCAGAGAGGAAGGAAUAACUAGUAGGGAGAGCACCCAAUUAACUCUAAUUGCAAGAACGGUUGAGCAUAUCUUCCAGGAAAUUAGAAUCAUAGAGUUGGAAGAGACCACAAGGGCCAUCAAGUCCAACCCCCUGCCAAGCAGGAAACACCAUCAGAGCACUCCUGACAUAUGGUUGUCAAGCCUCUGCUUAAAGACCUCCAAAGAAGGAGACUCCACCACACUCCUUGGCAGCAAAUUCCACUGUCGAACAGCUCUUACUGUCAGGAAGUGCUUCCUAAUGUUUAGGUGGAAUCUUCUUUCUUGUAGUUUGGAUCCAUUGCUCCGUGUCCGCUUCUCUGGAGCAGCAGAAAACAACCUUUCUCCCUCCUCUAUGUGACAUCCUUUAAUAUAUUUGAACAUGGCUAUCAUAUCACCCCUUAACCUCCUCUUCUAAACAUGCCCAGCUCCCUUAGCCGUUCCUCAUAAGGCAUCGUUUCCAGGCCUCUGACCAUUUUGGUUGCCCUCCUCUGGACACGUUCCAGAUUAGAGGUAUUGCCUCUCAAAUAACCCAGUUAUCCAAAGAGGUCCACAGUUUAUGAGUUAAAAACAAAAUAAAACGUGUGUCCGUCCGUCCGUCUGUCCCCUCCCAGAUUCCCUCUUCCUGUGUUUCCUCGAUGUUGAUCUGGUCCCUUUCUCUUUAUUGCAGUGGAACUUCCCGCUGCUGAUGCAGGCUUGGAAGUUGGGGCCCGCCUUGGCCACAGGGAACGUGGUGGUGAUGAAAUUGGCUGAGCAAACGCCUCUGACUGGCCUGUACAUGGCCAGCCUGGUCAAAGAGGUGAGAGAGGUCUCUGGGGUGACUAUAGGAAUAAACACUGUUCAAAACAGAACGUGUUGAUAUGCUUAGACUAAAGGAGUAAAGUGGAAAGGAUAAAACCAGUUAGGAUGCGGUAAGGAGAUUAAAAUUCAGUAACAUAAAGAUUGCAAUGAGAGUACUGAAAUUAAAAGUUAAUUCGAGGUGUGGUGGAGGGGAGUGAUAGGGUGGGGUGAUGGGAAUUCACGAGGGGGGGGGAGGAUAUAGGUUUAUAUAUGUUUAUGACAGUGUGUUUUUUCUUUUGUAUUGGAAUGGUAUCUCACCCUUUUAUGUAGUAUGAAAAUUUAAUAAAUAUAAAUUUAAAUGUUAAGAGAGAGGUCUCUAGGGCUGCCACUCUCUGCUUCGUUCUUCACCCUUCCUUGUCCUGCUCGCUGACUCGGACGAUGCGUGAGCUCCAAACAAACCCUUUCCCCUUCUUUUCCUUGCCUGGGUGCUCAGAAGACAUUGCUGAGUUCUGAGCACCCUGGCAAACCUUUGAUUUUUGGAAUGGACAAGACUAUUGUGAAGAUUUUCACUUGUCUUUAUAAACCUGCAGGCUGGAUUCCCACCAGGCGUUGUGAAUGUGAUAACUGGCUACGGGCACACUGCAGGGGCGGCCAUUUCCUCCCACAUGGAAGUGGAUAAAGUCGCCUUCACUGGCUCCACAGAGGUGAGGAAUAUCUGCAUGUACGAAUCUUUCCCUUUUCUCCCUCCCUUCUGAAAGGUGUAGGAUAGGUCACACCCUGUGCCAGAUCUGUAAAGUAGACAAUUACAGUGGUGCCCCGCAAGACGAAUGCCUCGCAAGACGGAAAACCCGCUAGACGAAAGGGUUUUCCGUUUUUGAGUUGCUUCGCAGGACGAAUUUCCCUAUGGGCUUGCUUCGCAAGACGAAAAUGUCUUGCGAGUCUUGAGAUUUUUUUUUCGCUUUCCCCCCCUUUAUCUAAGCCGCUAAGCCUUUAAUAGCCUUUUAGCAGCUAAGGCGCUAAGCCUUUAAUAGCCGCUAAACCGCUAAUAGCGCUAAUCCGUUAAGCCGCUAAUAGGGUUGCUUCGCAAGACGAAAAAACCGCUAGACGAAGACACUCGCGGAACGGAUUAAUUUCGUCUUGUGAGGCACCACUGUAUUUUAAUGUGCAGUUUCAUUUCAAAGUGCAUACAGUGGUACCUCGGGUUAAGAACUUAAUUCGUUCUGGAGGUCCAUUCUUAACCUGAAACUGUUCUUAACCUGAAGACCAUUUUAGCUAAUGGGGCCUCCUGCUGCCGCUGCGCCGCCGCUGCACGAUUUCUGUUCUUAUCCUGAAGCAAAGUUCUUAACCCGAGGUACUAUUUCUGGGUUAGUGGAGUCUGUAAUCUGAAGUGUAUGUAACCUGAAACGUAUGUAACCCGAGGUGCCACUUGUUUUGGACUUAAGACUUUUACUGAUUUCUUUCUUUUUUAAAAAAUAAAAUUACAGUCGUACCUUGGAUCUCAAACGCCUUGGCCUCCCGAACAGAUCGGCUUCCAAACUAUUGAAGCCCGGAAGUGAAUGUUCCGGUUUUCGAACGAUUUUCGGAAGCCAGAUGUCCAGCGUGGACGCUCCUACAGCCAAUCGGAAGCCGUACCUUGGUUUUCGAACGGUUCCGGGAGUCGAACGGACUCCCGGAACACAUUCUGUUCGAGAACCAAGGUACGACUGUAUUAUACUUUGAAAUAUGCCCAAAUCAUACUUUAUGUAGGUAAAAUGACCUUCAAGUCUAAUAGUUCCUAAAUUUGCAUUGUAAGAAACCACAGGAGAAGGAAGGUGCUCUUGUGCUCAGAUCCUGUUUGUGGGCAUCUGCCAUUCCCAGUGGGGCAUCUUCUUGGCCAGCAUGAGAACAGGAUGUUGGACUAGAUGGGCCAGUGGCCUCAUCCAGCAGGCUCUUCCGAUGUUCUUCUAAACUGUUCUUUUGUUGAAAAUCACAGAACGGUUUGUGCAAAUGAAACCACGAGAUACAGUUAUAUCCAGUGUAAUAUUAACCUAAGGUAAAGGUAAAGGGACCCCUGACCAUUAGGUCCAGUCGUGACUGACUCUGGGGUUGCGGCGCUCAUCUCGCUUUAUUGGCCGAGGGAGCCGGCGUACAGCUUCCGGGUCAUGUGGCCAGCAUGACUAAGCCGCUUCUGGCGAACCAGAGCAGCGCACGGAAACGCCAUUUACCUUCCCGCUGGAGUGGUACCUAUUGAUCUACUUGCACUUUGAUGUGCUUUCGAACUGCUAGGUUGGCAGGAGCAGGGACGGAGCAACGGGAUCUCACCCCGUCGCGGGGAUUCGAACCGCCGACCUUCCGAUCGGCAAGUCCUAGGCUCUGUGCCACCCUCGUCCCUUAAUAUUAACCUAGCAACAUACAGUUAAACCAUUGGUACAAUACAUAAUCAGAACACAGAAAGGCUGCUACAAGCUGCCACAGGCUCUUUUGGAGUGCAGUGAAGCCAGUAACAACCCUGUGUUCCUAUGAUUUUAGAAUUUCACAGAUCAGUUGGUUUACGUAGGCAUAGUGGCAGAUCGCAUUUAAUAACCAAGCUGCUGAUAAGAAAAAGAAUCGCAAAUAAAAAAGCAUACCCUGAAAAUUAUGGUGAUAGAUAAUUUAUUACGGUCGGAGACCUGCUUAUAAAACACACUUGGGGGUACAAUCCCAGAAGGAAAACAAACAUUUAAAACAAUGUACAACAAUAAAUUUAAAAUUUAUAAAUGCGAUAAGCGUAUAGACACUUAAAACUUUAAGAUAAGCUACUGCAGAGAGAAGACCCAGAGUCACCCAUGGAACCGAGUUUGGGGAUUUUCUUAACGAACUAGUUUGGGUCGGGGGAUGGUCUGUGCCUACAGAUCUGUACACAGAAUCUGGCGACCAUCCGGGUUGUCUUAUGAUCUUUGCCUAACAGGAAAAGGUCAAUUUUUUGCUUUUCUGGGAGGUCAGCAAGCCUCACCAGCAGGGGAUCAAUGGUCUCACUACGUGCCUCUUCAUAAAAGGGGACAUCUAAAGAACAAGUGCUCUGGGCUUCCUAUCUCCCCCAAUGAACAGGCACAGAGUCUGUGAGCAUAUGGGAUUUUUUUAAAGGAUCCUUCCAGGACUGUUGAGGGCAGAGCCGAGCUUCUGGCGAGUGUAUUUUUGGAUAAAAAAAGAGAUAUGCUGCAGGUGCGGCUAUAUAUAUAUCGAUUUCUCCAAUUUUAUAGUCAGGGCGCCUUGAGCACUCCCAUUGUCUCUCAGUGUCUAUGAUUCUUUGCCUGACCAUAGCUUUUGCCUGGCCCAACCCCAGACUUAGAAGGGCUUAAGGGGCAAAACCCAGUUUCUGAAGGGGGGUUCAGGACUGCUGUCUGCCAGCCUGACUGGAAUUGGUCACAGAGGAUCAGUGGGGCUAUUCCUCGGGGGAGCAGAUUCAGUGUCAGCCAUUUAUAGAUUGCUGUUAGGUGGAUAUAAGCCUCCACUCUCAUCAUCCCCGUUUCCAGUCUAACCCAUGCGUUUGAAACGCAUCUGGGGACUUGUAGGAGAGCUCUAAGGAGUUUGGAUUGAACUCUCUCAAGGGGGGAGAAACCAGAGGAAGGCGGGCCCAGAAAGGAUCCAUAAAUGGUGAAUAUAUUUUUGUUUCUGUGCUUUUAUUACAUUUUCUUAUUUUUAUGGUGAAUUUAAACUGAUUUUAUCUCUCUUGUAUUUUUGUGAUCUUAACACCACUUGGAGGCUAUGUUGCAAUAAUAUAAGCACGUCCAACUUCCAAGAGAUUGCAACCUACUCCCUCUAUAAAUAAACUGGCAGUGAUCUACCCAUUUGGGAAGAUGAGCCAAAGUUGUUGAGCACUGGUCUUGAAAGACCUACAUUGGCUCCCAGUACAUUUCUGAGCACAAUUCAAAGUGUUGGUGCUUACCUUUAAAGCCCUAAACGGCCUUGGCCCAGUGUACCUGAAGGAGCGUCUCCACCCCCAUUGUUCUGCCCGGACACUGAGGUCCAGCACCAAGGGCCUUCUGGUGAUUCCCUCACUGCGAGAAGCGAGGUUACAGGGAACCAGACAGAGGGCCUUUUCGGUAGUGGCACCCGCCCUGUGGAACGCCCUCCCACCAGAUGUCAAAGGAAAAAACAACUACCAGACUUUUAUAGUAGACAUCUGAAGGCAGCCCUAUUUAGGGAAGCUUUUUAAUGUUUGACGAACUAUUGUAUUUUAAUAUUUUAUUGGAAGCCACCCAGAGUGGCUAGGAAAACCCAGCCAGAUGGGCGGGGUAUAAAUAAUAAAUUAUUAUUAUUAUUAUUGAGCCUUUUGUGAAGCCACCUUAACUAAGCUUUUAGCCUAGGGACUGAGAAGCUGCACAUCUUCCAGUGAGAGAGAGUCUGCUAGCUCACUCUCUUCCUGUUCUUCUUCUUGCUGUUCACCUCCCGGUUUCGCCCAGCUAUUGUCUUCCAAACUGUGCCCCUCAGCAAACCAUUGUUCCAAAUCAACACUACUCCACUGCUCCUGUGGAGUUUCAGUAUCCUGGCCACGAGCAGGGGGAGGGGGAGGCUCCUGCCAUUCCUCAUCAGAGUUGUACUCCCCAGCCUGGUCUCUGACACCGAUUGAGGAGGUCCACUAGAGGAGACUCCCCACCCGUUCCCCAGCCCUCCAAUCUAGAGCUAAGCCUGCCACACCGUGGUGGUUCCUUAAGCCAAGCCUAUUUUUAUACCAAACAACAAGCUUGCCUGUCUUUCGAUUUCUAGGUUGGGCACCUGAUCCAGAAGGCUGCAGCAGAGAGUAAUCUGAAGAGGGUGACCCUGGAGCUUGGUGGAAAGAGCCCAAACAUCAUCAUGUCGGAUGCCGAGAGUAAGAGACAUUUCCCUCUUGACAGGAGUGGGUUUGCCCCUGCGGAGCGCGGGAUUGGCUGGUGACACUCUGGGCCUUCCUUCACCAGGAGUGCGACUCUUAAUAAUUCUUUAGUGUUUAAGAUAGUUUUAUUUAUAAAUCCAUGACAUCACAACAUAAUACGUUACAUAGCUACACUUUAACGUAACAAUACAGCACGCAACGAUUUAGAACAAACUAAAAGAUAACUUUCCGAAAGACACAAAAUGUGUCCACUGGGCCUCAGGAACUGCUUAGUCUGGGAAGUAUCUCAAUAAUGACUCUAAUCAGAAAGUUUUCUGGAGAAGUGGUGAUUGUACUUCUCAUCUCUAAAUGGCCACUUACAUCCACCCCUCAUAACGUUAGGUAUUUGUGCAUAUUUUCAGCUAGCAAGAAGCCAGAUUUUGAACCACCAUCCCUGCCAUGAGAACUUCGUAGAGGACUUCCACUGAUAGGUUAGCUUUAGCCAAGUAGCGGCUAUCAGUUACAAGGGUAAAGGUAAAGGAACCCCUGACCAUUAUAAGUCCAGUCGUGGCCAACUCUGGGGUUGCGGUGCUCAUCUCGCUUUAUUGGCCAAGGGAGCCACCGUACAGCUUCCGGGUCAUGUGGCCAGCAUGACUAAGCCGCUUCUGGCAAACCAGAGCAGCGCACGGAAACGCCGUUUACCUUCCCGCCAGAGCGGUACCUAUUUAUCUACUUGCACUUUGACAUGCUUUUGAACUGCUAGGUUGGCAGGAGCAGGGACCGAGCAACGGGAGCUCACCCCGUCGCGGAGAUUCGAACCACCGACCUUCUGAUCAGCAAGUCCUAGGUUCUGUGGUUUAACCCACAGCGCCACGUGUGUCCCUUUAAUUACAAGAGUAGUUCUUUGUAAAUGAAGCCAUUAUUGUUUUCAGGAGAUAACGAGAGAAGGGACAAGACAAAUAACCUGGUUAACAGUGGCUGCAGUCUCCUGAAACAUUCUGACCUAUUAUUACACAUGUACCACAGAACAAGGCUACCCCACGGUGGAUUCAUGCAACAUAUCUUAGCUGGGGUGAUGUGUUGGUAAUUCUUAAUGCUCUUGAUGGCUGAGAUAAUAUCUUUCCAGAUCUCCUGACUUGUGGCUUCCUUCUCUCCUCCAGUGGACUGGGCUGUUGAGCAGGCUCAUUCUGCCUUGUUCUUCAACCAAGGGCAGUGCUGUUGUGCUGGGUCCCGCACGUACGUCCAAGAAGAUAUAUAUCACGAGUUUGUGGAGCGAAGCGUGGAGAGGGCCAAAUCCAGAGUGGUUGGAAACCCAUUUGACCACAAAACGGAGCAGGGCCCUCAGGUGAUUCCAGUUUGCCCUUAUAAAACACAUUCUGGAUUGGAAGAACUGUGAGACAUCCUAGACCGGAAGGAAUUUCGCCCUGGCAAAUGGCCCCCAAAAGAGCUUUCAGUUUAUGUAUAUUUAAUUCAUUUUUAAUACUACCCAGAUGGCUAUUAUUACCAUGAUAACGCAAAUGAUGGCUGUACAUGUGUGUUCACAGCCAAUCUGGAGGCAAGGAUGGGGAGGAAAGGAAAGGAGAGAGAGGGGGGGGAAAGCAUUUGCUGUAGCCAAGAGACUGGGGGCGAAGGGACACAGUCCACCCACAACGUAAGGCUCCCCAGGGGGCCACGGCUCACUGGUUGAAAACCACUGAUCUAGAGCAAUGUUUCCCAAACUUGGGUCUCCAGCUGUUUUGGGACUACAAUUCCCAUCAUCCCUGACCACUGGCCUUGCUAGCUAGGGAUGAUGGGAAUUGUCAACGUAUAUAUUCAACAAAUAAAAUAUUUUAAAGCUUGUUGUCUACCCAAUCCCAAAGGCAGUUGAUUUAAAAUAGGGAUGGGGAUCCAGCAGUCCCUUCCAGAUGUUAUUGGUCUCUCAACUCUCGUCAGCCCCAGCCGGCUUAAUCAAGGAUCAAGGAAUGCGUACAAUGAGAGCACCAUGGCUUCCCCAGCCCUGACAGAUGACAUUGUCAGAGGAUCUUCAUAACCUCAUCAACAAAAAGUUGAUGUCUUUCAUUCUGCCUGUAGAAUCGCUGUUUGCGUAUGGGCAUGUACACAUGAUGUUGUGUUAAAAGUGUAUUUUUUUCUGUAUUCUGAGAAGGAUUGAACUGACCUGCCAUACCAUGCUUUUUUGUCUUCUAGGUGGAUGAGACUCAGUAUAAGAAGAUCCUUGGAUACAUUGGUACUGGGCAAAAGGAAGGUGCCAAAUUGCUCUGUGGUGGCAGUCCAGCUGCAGACAGAGGUUAUUUUAUCCAGCCAACCAUCUUUGGAGAUGUGCAGGACAACAUGACCAUUGCAAAAGAGGAGGUCAGCAGCAAAAUGUUUUCCUGUACUUGUUAGUCUCUGAAUAACAGUGCUGUGGUUAGAGGGGUCUACGCGAUCCCUCUCUUUUUCUCUCCUGUUGUAUUGGUCUGUGUCUCAGAGCUACAAUGGUGGCCUCCAGAACCGACCAACCAUCCUCUUUUAUCUGUACAUUCACUUAUGAUUUACUUAAAAUUACCUGUUAUGAUUUUUAUUGUAGCGCCCCGUCUCACUUUGAGUGCUGUUAGCGCAGAGAAUGCAAAUUGCAAUUUUGGUUUUUACUGAAAAUGUCAUUGUUUUAUUUGCUUUGUAAGCAACCUUGGGGUUUUAGACUAAUCAAGCAGUAUAUAAAUCUUGUGGAGAUAAUAAAAUAAGAUAUUUCUAAUCCCAAGACUGUUUACAGCACAAAUGCCAACACAAAUAUCAGUACUGUAAGAACAAGAACAAUCUAUUAAAAUGCAAUUGAAUCAUUUAGUACAGUCUCAGACACUUCUCAGUGGUUUGAUUGGUAUCGAUGACCAGCAAAGGCCGGAGUGAAUAGGAGGCACAAAAAACUGCAGGGUUUGUACUUGCCUUAUUUUGUGGGGGGGAGAUUAUUCUAUAUGCUGGGUGCAAGGACAGAAAAGGCCUUUCCCCUGCUUGCUACCAGAUGGCCAGCAUGGUGUAGUGGCUAAGAGCUAUGGACUCGUAAUCUGGUGAACCGGGUUCACUUCCCCGCUCCUCCACAUGCAGCUGCUGGGUGACCUUGGGCCAUAGCUGUUAACUUUCAGAUUUGAAAAUAAGGGAUCAGCAACCUCGAAAAUAAGGGAUCAACAGCCUCACCUGUCCCGGGAACAGUGUACGGGAUAUAUAACAAUCCAGGAUAGCAGCGGGAAACGGCACUGGAAUAAGGGAAUUUCCCACAAAAAAAGGGAAGGUUGACAGCUAUGCCUUGGGCUAGUCACACUUCUCUGAAGUCUCUCAGCCUCACUCACCUCACAGAGUGUUUGUUGUGGGGGACGAAGGGAAAGGAGGUUGUUAGCCGCUUUGAGACUACUUAGGGUAGUGAUAAAGCGGGAUAUCAAAUCCAAACUCCUCCUCCUCCUCCUCCUCUUCUUCUUCUUCUCCUCCUCCUCCUCCUCCUCCUAAUCCCUACAACCAGGCAGGACUAUAUGAGGGAGGGCAUUCCUUCAGGUAACCAGGUCCCAAGUUGCUUAGGGAUUUAUAGGAUCCUGUCUGCCAAACCUAUCUGUUUCCAUAUGCAUCCUGCUCUGUCUUACAGAUAUUUGGGCCAGUCAUGCAGAUACUGAAAUUUAAAACCAUAGAGGAAGUCAUCCACAGAGCAAACGACACCAAAUAUGGCCUCGCGGCAGCAGUUUUCACCAAGGACAUUGACAAAGCAAAUUACAUUUCCCAGGGUCUGCGUGCUGGAACCGUCUGGUAAGGGGCUAAACGUUGGGGAGCAGUCACCAAAUGCUUUAGGAAAUGCUGUAGGAGGAGCACCUGCUUGGCAGGCAGAAGGUUAUAGGUUCUGUCCCUGGCAUCUUCUGGUAUGCCAGGAGCUCCUGACUUGAAAUCUGGAGAACUGCUGUCAGUCAUGGUAACAAUAUUGAGCUAGAGCAGGCAUAGGCAAACUCGGCCCUCCAGAUGUUUUGAGACUACAGUUCCCAUCAUCCCUGACCACUGGUCCUGCUAGCUAGGGAUCAUGGGAGUUGUAGGCCAAAAACACCUGGAGGGCCGAGUUUGGCUAUUCCUGAGCUAGAGGCACCAAGGGGCUAUGAAUUAGCUUUCUAUGUUCCUCUUUUCAAUGAACUUUCGAAACUGUUAUGUAUUGCCAACUGUAUGACAUUCUUCAGAAUUUAACUUCCUAGCUGGUUUAACUUUUCUACCCUUUUUUUGGGAAACAAUUUGCUAGUCUUUGUGGCUGACCAGAGAUGUCAGAUGAGUGAGAACCCACAUGGACACAAGGCUGUAUUAUUUCCUUUGGUUUUUUUAUUUUAAAAAAGUAAAAAAUAAAAUCAAAAAAUAUAAAUACAUUUGCAUAAAUGUACACAUUUUGUUGCAUAUAAGCAUAUAACUUAAUUAAACAAUUAAAUAAAACAAUCAAAAUAAUGUCAUUUUUAACUUGUAAACUGAGAUAUAUGAGAGAGGAUGAAUGUCAGAGUAAUUAUAUUUACAUUAUGAUGUGCGAUUGCAUUGUGAUGUUUAGAUUGGUGAACACAGGCAAAUAUUUAAACCAGUAACAAUUCAGAAUUUUACGUUUCAGUAUCCAUUCUUUUUGUCAUUGGUUACAUUUAUCAAAUGGAGAAAUAACAGGCAGUGAAUGUAUUACUUCGUUUAUUAUUCUGUUCAUGAGUCUGCCGGUUUAACAAAAGUUCCCUUCCUCUCCUCCUCAAAUGUGAAAUGCUGGAAGUUUACAUCUCAUCUUCUGUAUUCAAACCUCACAAACAAAUUAGUGCCUGUUCUCCAAAUUUAUAAGUGCCUUGGACAAGGCCUGCAGUGUUAGACUUGGUAUCAGGGGGACAAGAAAUGAGAUUACAGUGGUGCCUUGCAAGAUGAAAUUAAUCCGUUCCGCGAGUCUCUUCGUCUUGCGGUUUUUUUGUCUUGCGAAGCACGGCUAUUAGCGGCUUAGCGGCUAUUAACGGCUUAGCAGCUUUAAGAAAAAGGAAACAAACUCGCAAGAACUCGCAAGACGUUUCGUCUUGCGAAGCAAGCCCAUAGGGAAAUUCGUCUUGCGGAACGACUAAAAAAACGGAAAACUCUUUCGUCUUGCGCGUUUUUUGUCUUGCGAGGCAUUCGUCUUGCGAGGCACCACUGUACAGUGGUACCUCGGGUUACAGAAGAUUCAGGUUACAGAUGCUUCAGGUUACAGCCUCCGCUAACCCAGAAAUAGUACCUCGGGUUAAGAACUUUGCUUCAGGAUGAGAACAGAAAUCACGGGGGGGGGGGGCGCAGCGGGAGGCCCCAUUAGCUAAAGUGGUAUCUUAGGUUAAGAACAGUUUCAGAUUAAGAACGGACCUCCAGAAUGAAUUAAGUUCUUAAGCCGAGGUACCACUGUAGUCUUCUGUUACCUAAAUGCUCCAGAAAUAACUCCUAACCCCCAAUGUCUCCUGCAGGAUUAACUGCUACAACGUCUUUGGCAGCCAGACACCGUUUGGUGGGUACAAAGCAUCUGGACAAGGACGGGAAGGGGGAGAAUAUGGUCUCACGCCAUACAUGGAAGUAAAAACGGUGAGGAUCUGAAACUCUCGUCCUAGUUUGGUUUUUAAGUAUUUUGAAAACUGAAGCUUUUAUUUUGCAUCUUCCAGUAGAGAAUGGCAAGGACUUCCAAGUAGUAAAUAAAACUUGUCUUGCUUAUGGGAGAAUUGACGGUAUUUCACUUGGUACAGAGCAGAAUAAAGAUUUGUCAAAUGUUGCUCUCCUUAGUCCACCGAACACUGGUUUUGUAGACAUAACAUGAAAGCAUGUCUUUCACUAACUCUGGCUUAGACUGCAAACCAUGGUUUGUCUGAUCUUCUUUCCCAAUAUUCCCAGAGAAUCCCUUGAUGACAUCCUCAAAGGGGAGAGGAAUUCCCAAACCAUAGUUCAGGCGUAACACUAAACCACUGUUUGCCUGACCUAGGUGGCAAGCCACCUUCAAAACCUAACAGCAGAUUAUGGUUUGGUGGCCAUUGUGGUUCAGAUGGUGCUGGGUCAGGCCUCAUGACAAAUCAUGGCUUGGCAAUAUGUCUAAACCGUGUUCCUAUUUUCAAUAAAUCAUUUUUUGCUGAUGGCAACCUUUUAGUUGUGAACAGAAAACUGGGCUUCCAUACCUAAUGGUGGCUGCAUCUGUAUGCAAGUAAAAUUACAACUGGACAGGACAAGAGCAGUACCUCUUGAACAAAUAGGCUCCAAACAUUACUGUCUUUAAGUGUUGUUUGUAGGGUAACAUUGAGCUAAUGCUUUGGUAUGCUAGGUUAUUGUAGAAUUCCUACCUUGGAUCAUAACGAAAAUGUUUAGGCACCUUUUAAGUACCUGCAUGGAAGCAUUUCUUAUUAUGUAAAGAAAGCACUGGAAUUCUUCUACUUUUGAAGAAUUGAUACCCACCUUAGACUCAAUUUAAAGAGUUGAAGUGGCAAGCAGUUGUCCCAGUAUCCCACAACUUGAGCAACAGAAUUAGGAGACGUAUACAGUGCUACUUCAAUAAGCCAAGUGGAUCAGGCACCGGGCUAUAGUCUUGAAAGCAGUGAAAUUUGAGUAUUGCUCUGUCCAAUGCUAGUGGAAGCCUCCAGCCAAUUCUGUUGUAAAUGGGAAACUGUAGGGUUUGAUUAAUCCAGCACAAUAUUAUGUAGACUGCAUCCUGUUUUGAGGAAGGGCUGAAGCUCAAUGGUAGAGGAUGUGCUGUGCAUGCAAAAGGUCCUAACAGCUUCCUAAGUUUCUGCUAAACUGUUUGAAACUGAAUUACAUUAACAGGGUUGACAUGGGUGUCAUCUUGGGACUGAUUGUCUUGUAGAGUGAGAGAUGCAAAGUUGGCCAAGUCUAAUGAAUCAUAUUCUUUCUAGGUAACCAUCAAAGUUCCACAGAAGAAUUCUUAAAGGACAUCAGCUGUAUAUCUGAAACCGUCGGUAUAAGCUGCCAUUCCUCUUGAUAGCAGCAUUUAAGCAGGAUUGAAGUAGAGGAACCUCCUUCAUGAAGAAAGCCUUCACCUCUACAAGCAACCUAAGAUCAUUUAUUUCAUAUAUUUUAAGAAAAAUCUUUAUUUACCUGCUUAUAUUUUACUUCACUUUUUUUCUGUACCAGGCACCCCUAUAUCUUAAUGUUACACUAAUGGAUGCAGAUAUCCAUUUGAACUUUAAGAAUAAUUUCUCAAACUGGUUUUUCAAACUGAUUAUAUGGUACCCAUUUAUGGUAAUCUGGAACGUAUCUUGAGGUUUGUUUAUAGGAGCAAAUAUCUAAGUAAUGAGAACUUCCGUCCUUUCUCAGUGUGUAACCUAAACAGAAACUGCCCCUUUUAUAUACGAGAGCUCUAAAACUGUCUGCUUAUUUUGACAAUCAAUGCUGUGAAGCCAGCGCAGGCUGUGAUUUCCCCCCCUGAUCUUAUAUCAAAUACAUAAAGAAAAUUUCAUAGUUGACAUGCGUUUGUUCAGUUGCUGACCAUUUUUGGUUAAAACGGUUACCCUUUUCUCUUCGUGCAAAUGGGGUAAGAUGAAAUAGAGAGAAAAGGAUUUGUAUAAUAGAGGAAGGGACGCUCUUUGGUGGUUUUCUUCUUCUUCUUUUGAAUUCUCAACAUGCCAAGACUUUUUCUAGUGAUUACAAUGGAAACAAGAAAGAUGGAUGAGUGUUUUGAGCCACAUUCAAACCAUACAUUUAAAGCACCAUGCUACUACUAUAAAUAGUCAUGCCUUUCCCUAAAGAAUUAUGGGAGCUGUAGUUUGUGAUGGGUGCUGAGAGUUUUAGGACACCCCUAUUCCCCCCAGAGAGCUACAGUUCCCAGAGUCCCCCGUUUAAACCACUCUGAGAAUUCUAACUACAUGGAGGGGGUGAUAGGGGAUCUCCUAACAAUUCGCAGCACCCUUAAAAAAUGGCAACUCAACUCCCAGGAUUCUUUGGGGGAAACCAUGAGUUUAAGGUGGUAUCAUAGUACUUUCAAUGCCUGGUGUGAAUGCAGCCUUAGAGUUCUUCACUAGUCAAGUGAAAAACAUAGGGUUCAAAUUCCAUGCUCCCUCAGCAGCCACUUUCUUCGGGAUUUGGUUUAUUUUGGGUUGUCAACUGUCCAUGGAUAUAGGACCUGCUGCAAGUCAUUUGCAACCAAGGAACCUUAAUUUUAAUACUCUGAAUGCUUUGAAAGUAGGGAGAUUGUUGUGUAGACAAUAUGGUGACUGACAGUCUUUCCCAUACAGAAUGCAAUUGGCUGAGAGGGACAUUAUUAAAGUGAGUGUGUAAUUUAGCAGCAAGAGGAGUUGGCUGCUGCACACAAGACUUCAAGAACCACUGUUAGCCGACCCUAUGGCUUUCUGGAAGUCCGCAAGCCAGGCAUGCAAGCAAUGCAAAGUUUCAUAUAUCCACCGAUUAAACAAAUUCACGGAGCAAAAUAAUCUGUGUUGCCACAUUAUGUGGCAGCAUGUUUCAUAUCCUUUAUAUCAAGGUGAGGAACAUCAGGCACAGGGACUGAAUGUGGCCCUUCCAGCCUCUCUACAUGGCCCUCAGGACUCCCAUCAGGCUCCUUGAGUGCUUUUGUGUGGCUGGAUGUGUCCUUUCCUGAUGCACUGAUCCCUUUUGCUUCUUUGCAUGGAUGGAGGAGGUGGAAGAGAGAUAAAAGAAACCACUGACAUGCAUGGCUGGAAUGUAGCGUAAUGUCCAAGGGUAAUAGUCACAUACAUUUUACCUUGAGCACUUUUGCCUUUAGCUUGAACUCGUUCUCUAGCUGCUUAAACUUGCAUAGCUAAAACUCCAUCACCUACAAAAAGGAGCUAGCACCAGGGUUGGGGCAUCAUCAAGGUUUGCAGAAGUAUGGGGGGAAAUAAAUACUUUCAGGAAGUGAACCAUAGGGACAACACACAGCUUGGCCAAAUGGGGACAGAGCAAAAAGUAUGACUGGCUACAUGAUGCUGAACUGGGAGAAGAAGUAACAGAAUCUGGGAGGGGAAUAAAAUGGCAUAUUGCCAUAAAGGUCAUGGCUGGCUCAACAGGAGCACUGCACACUAUAGCAUUUUGGUGCUGGUCUUAUUUGUAUUUUAUAUGCAGGUAAAGGUGUGGAACACAGUUUUGCAAGGAAACCCUUUAUCCUUUUUUUGUAUGCGCAGAGAAUUUGGGCCACACUUCCUGAGAUGGUAUCAAAAUUAAAAGUACCUUUGCUGCUUAUGUAUGUUGAAUGCACCACCAGGUAGUUUGGUAAUAUGCUUAAAUAAACAAAUGACGUUAGAGACC